GGGCGCGUAUAAAGUCAGUCGGGCUAGCCCAGUAUCGCGGUACAGUGAUACCUAGUAACACACAUCCAUGUCAGGUCGUGAUAGACGUACCGAGAACGGGAUCAAAAAUCGAUAAAAGAUAUCUCGUAUUUUCAUAUGUGAGGGUGCUUGAAUGAAUCUAAAUUGUGAUUGGGUGAUAAUUGUAAAUCGCGAUCGUUAUACAAUCAAUAGUGUAUCGAGAUCCUAACGAGGAUAACAAUAAUAUAAUUUUCGAGGAACCUAAGUAGGUACAUACAAAAGCAGUAAAUAGCUUAUGCCAGAUCCGAAUCAUCGAUAUCUUUUUGUUAAUUAUCCCAGAGAAGUUCCCGUCGUGUUAAAUUAAAAGUUGCGCGUAUUGUCAAGGAAACAAUAGUGGUACAAUAAAUCGAGAAUCAAGCCAGUAGAUUCGUCUCGCAACUUCCUUGAACUCAGACAGUUUUACAUACAUUCGUCAAAGUGCCGGACAAAUUGUCAGAGGUUCUGGGCGAUGUCCUGGAAUUAUGCGGCGGAGGCGGAGGCGGAAGUGGCAGUAGUGGUGCUGCAACUGGCGACAAAAACACAUCAAGGAACACAUCGAGCGGAAGCGCAGCUACUAAGAUCGGCGCUAUGACAGGAGUAGCGAUAAUCAAAGGUAGAUGGGCCCCAAGAAGCACACGUUCGCAGCUUUCUUCCAUUGCUAAUACCGACAGUGCCGACAGUACAACUUCGACCAGUUCGGAGGAAUUUGUCGCGAAGGAGCAACACACGAUACAAUCGUCGACAACCGAAUCGGGUUUACCCCAUCAAAGUCGCAGUUAUCCAAGCGAUGGUGGAAGUAGCGGUCGAACAUUGGCGAGAGACUCGUCUAUCACCUCACAGAGUUUGCCGAAGGGAGCAUCUUGCUCUUCAAAUUAUCGGGGAUCAUCACCUCAAAUCAGAGCAUUCGAUCCGAACGGACGGCAUCAUGUUCAACAUGAACCUUUACAUGCCGCCUCUUCGUAUCCACCUGGCAGAAGCUCGAGAUCUCCUUCGCCAGCUCGUGCAGCAUCCUUGGAUGCACGUUGUGCAAGUCCUGCCAGUUACACGGGCAGCCUGCAUGGUGGAAAUACGUUACCUUCACAGACCUCUUUAUCAUCCGUAGCAACGGGUAUAAGUUCCACUUGCGGGUGUUCACCGAUAAAUGCCGUUCAAAGUACUUCCAGACAGACCAGUCGUUGCUUAUCGCCUCUUCUCAUUCCAUCGCCACAUGCUUCUAUAAGUAGCGAUAGUGGUCCCGUUCCACCUGCUUCUCCUCUUGGUUCUUUACAACCAGAUCUUUAUCAAAGACGUGACGGUCCUGUCUUUCUUAGCGCUCGCAGGACGGGAAAGCAUUUGGGCAGGCUUCAUCUGCGCUUGAGAUACGAUUUUGAUAAAUCAGAUUUAGACGUGCAUUUGAUCGAGGCACACAAUCUCGCAGGCAGCGACCAAGGUGGUUUUAACGAUCCCUAUGUUAAGUUGACUCUUAGCCCAGAAGUGGACAGCAGGAAAAGACAAACACAGAUCCAUCGAAAUGAUCCAAAUCCAUUUUUUGAUCAGCAUUUCAAAUUUCCCGUUAGCUAUGAAGAACUGCAGGAGAAGACACUAGUUUUACAGGUAUUUGACUACGAUCGUUUUUCAAGAAAUGAUAUGGUGGGCUCAGUGAGAGUGGCCAUGGAUAGCCUUGAAUUGGUUUCUUCUACUUCCUCGAUAGAAGUUUGGGGUGAGAUAACGAGGGAACGAAAACCACCGGAAGAAAUUCAAGAGGUUUUGGUUUCAUUAUCUUACUUACCGAGUGCUGAGAGACUCACGGUUCUCAUGAUGAAAGCUAGAAAUCUGUUUCCCCAACAGGAUAAGGAAACAUUGGAUCCGUUCGCGAAAGUUAGUCUUCUUUGUGGAGAAAGAAAAGUAAAGAAGAAAAAAACAGCCGUUAGGAAGGUUACGACAAAUCCCAUUUGGAAUGAAGCAAUGUCGUUUAAUAUACCUGCCUCAUUACUUGCAUCGUCGGCUAUAGAGAUAUGCGUGUUGGACUCGAGCAGUGAACUCAUCGGUGGAAAUGCUAUUGUCGGAUCCUGCAUCAUUGGACCGGCUACAAGUGCGGACAGCGGUAACAAUCAAGGACGGGAGCAUUGGCUUCAAAUGACGCAGUCUCCGAGAAAGCAAAUUGCUGAGUGGCACACGCUACAUUAGUUUGAUCAUCGUUACGAUCUAACCGUUUGAUUGCCCGAAUAAUUCACGUCCUUGAUCGAAAGAACUACAAUCUAUCGUUGUGUAAUGUCACAUAACGAAGAUCGAAUAAACAUAUAACAUACGAAAAAUAUAGCGAUUAUAUGUAAAAUGACAAAAAACAAUAUGUAUUUCUCGUCUUAACAAAAAAAGAAAACAGAGAAUCUCGUGAUGCAUCAAGAAA